UUUCCUGCCCACUUGCUUGAUUUUUCUCACCCCUCCCAUAAGAAGCGCCACAUGACCUGCCGAGUAGGAAGUGUCGAGCUAGCGGACAUCAACAGCAGUAGAAGCAGCACUCCUCGGAAGAGACGAGAAGGGAGCCGCGAAAUUCCGAUUUCACAUUCUCGACGUUUCCGUGAAGAUAACCUGCCUCUGUGUGAACCAGACCGAGCUGUAAAUCGGCCGCAGUCAUGUACGUAAAGGUGGUGUUUUUCGCCGCAGCUCUGGCGAUGAUUGGCGCCGCAGCCGCUGAAGAUGGCUGUACCUCUUUGACAUGUGAAGUGUGUGUCAAAAGCCCACAAUGCGCGUGGGCCAACUGCACAACUUCUCCAGUGAAUGCUUCCUGUGUCGACGCUAUCCUGGUGGCUAACAACACCUGCAGCAACGCAACCUGUUCAAUUCCUUCUCCUACAACCUCGGCUGCACCUACUUCCAAACAUUCAUCUGUUGCCCCCACCACCCAUACGACAGUGAAUUCAACGACGGUAACCGUGACGCCGACUCACCGUGGCAACAGCUCCACCACUACAACUCCAGCCUCCACCUUGGCACCGAAUACCACAACGGUGGCCCCUCACAAGAACUCGACGUUUGAUGCCGCGAGCUUCAUCGGUGGAAUAGUGCUCGUCCUGGGCCUUCAGGCCGUCAUCUUCUUCCUCUACAAGUUCUGCAAAUCCAAAGAACGUAACUACCACACCCUCUGAAGCGGCUGCACUUUAGGAUCCAAGCCGUCCUCGCCGAUUUCGAUCCCUCAGCACACAUUCGUAAGGGGUGGACUCAAACAGCGUUUCCAUACAGUUUUUCUUUUUUUUUUUGUCCUGUUUCUUUUUCUUUAAAUGUUUAGACCUGCAUGACUGAACGAGUUAUUUCAUUUCAAAGUGAAUCUCCUCCAACAUGCAUUUAGGUCUCAAGCAUGUAGAUUACAUAAGCAAGCAGCUACCCCCACCUCCAUCGUGCCAUUAGUCAUCCUGCAUAGAGCGUUUUCCAGCGAAUUGAGUGGGCUUGAGUUAUUUACAGCCCCUCUUCUUAUGCCUUCCCCAAUUAAAUGCACCACAUGAGAGAAAAACAAUUAGCCAUGUAUACGGAGUAGCUUUUUCCUGCUGAGGCUUGAAUAUCUAUAUUAUAAUUUUAUUAUUAUUAUUUUUUUUUUUACCUGAUUUGGAAACACUGUUUGAGCUCGUGUUAAAUGUGGCAACAGAUGAUUAAGGAUUGCUUUUAGCUUGUGAAAUGUUUUUCUCCCUCCACACAUCUGAUCCAUCAGGGGAAAAAAAAAAAGUGACAAUUAAUCAUCUGACGUCAAACAGGAGGAAAAUAAGUCUUAUUUAAGUGUGGAGUGUUUCUGCUGUUCGGUUCCCACCCCCCACCCCACCUUUUGGAAACCUCUCUCCCAGUACAAGAUGUUUAAAAAUGUCAAACGCCAACUGCCAGAAGAGCAGCCCGCCGCAAUAAAUAAUGUAUAGAGCUAAUUUCAGAACCACGAAUCUCCCGUAUCUUUUCCUUUUCUGAUCGUUAAACCCCCGCAGGUGACUCGUCCUUGUCGUUUGCUUUGGUGUUUAAACCGGGUCAAAGUGAAUUAUUUUAGAAUAUUUUCAAAUUAUUUAGUUUUACUGUGCAGAAGAGGAUGAGGUGUGGCGCGCGCCUUUCUUGAUGUGGACAGUGAAGUGCCUUUGAUGUCCAGUGUGAGUGAAAGCAAGUAAAGGGUUUAUAUAUAUAUAUAUAUAUAUAUUUUUUUUUUGUUUUCUCUUUUUAUUUCCAUAUUGUGAGAAGUAACAGUAUCGCUGCGCUGAUAUUGCUUAGAGCUGUAAUGUCCCAGCUGGACUGAAGAGCCUUUUGUUGUUGAAGAAAACAGGAUUUAUUUCUUUUUUUGUCCUUGAAGGGCCGCCGUUUGGUUCGUAGGUGCGGCAGAAAGACCAAAUGCGGCAGGACGACUGCAAGAUCACGCUACUACAGACUUUUGGAGUGAAUAAUUUAAACAGAGUUUCCUUCCACUUUGCUACAUCAUGGUUCAAAUCCGAGUGAGCUGGCAGGAAAAUAUUUUGAUAUAGGCGAACGAGCAUGAUGGUGUACUUUAUACAAAAAGAUUGUGAAAAUAUUGGACUUUAUCUUUCAAGAUGAGUGUCUAGAAGAGACAAAAAAAUGUAGACCUGGUUAAGGAUUUCACUUCUAUUUAAUUGAUUUGUAGUGUAAAGUUCAGAAUAUCAGCCGAGAGGCCGUGUUGGAGCCUAGUCUUCUUACUAGCUAGCUGCUAACUUCUUUUUUUUUUCCCUUUGGAUUUCUCAGCUUUUGUCCAACCUGUAAAUAUCCACGUCCUGUUUCUGUCCUGCUGAAAGAGAAGCAAAAUGUUGGUCGGAGCGUUUAGCUUUGCGGUGGCUCUACUAAUUUUGUAUAAAUGGCUUUCUUCCCCCCGGUUAAUGCAUGCUGGAUGCUGUUCUCAUUGCAUAUGCAACUAGUACCUUAGACGCAUUCAGAAACCACUUGAUUAUUUGUGAUGAGUCCAUAUGCUAAUGGAAGGAUGCCUUGAAACCGUGUACAUGAAGCCAAAGCCCUCAGUUUUUGGCAUGUUUUGUAACCCUUUUGUUUUUUUUCCCCUCCCUUUUCUUUUUUGGUAAAUGGUUUCAGGUUUAGCUCACAAAUAAAAUCAGAGGCUUGUUUGAAAUAUUUCCGAUUAUGACCACACAGCAGUUAAUGAAUGCAGAUGUUUGUUUUAUGCUUGUAUAUUUUGAGGUUGCAUGGCCUCUCCUUUGCUUUAACGUCACGAGCCGGCAACGUUCCCAGCGCUGCUGCGCCGCUUCGGUCUCCCUCUCUGCUGCAUGUCGAGUCCAUUUGCACAAACGAAGAGAGAUAUUUUCGAGUGCCGCUGAGCACGUUCCACUUUCUGCGAACGGCACGUCGACGUCCCGACGUGCCCGAGUCUC